AUGGAGGGGAGGGCGCGGCGGCGGGGCACCGGCACCGGCACCAGCGCGAGCCCUGGCCGCAACAAGGUCUGGGUCGAGCCGCCGGGCAAGAGCCAGCACCACCCUCCGCGCCGCUCGCCUCCGCCGGCCCCGCCCGCGGCCGCGGGGAAGAGGGUGGCGGUCGUCUACUACCUCUGCCGCAGCCGCCACCUGGAGCAUCCCCACUUCAUCGAGGUGCCGCUCGCCUCGCCGGAGGCCGGCCUCUACCUGCGAGAUGUGAUUAACCGCCUUAACGUGCUGCGAGGGAAGGGCAUGGCGGCCAUGUACUCCUGGUCCUGCAAGAGGAGCUACAAAAACGGCUUCGUGUGGCACGACAUCUCCGAGGACGAUCUGGUGCUCCCUGCACAAGGCAACGAGUACAUCCUCAAGGGCUCCGAGCUCCUGGACCGAUCGCCGCCUGAUCGGCAGCAGAAUGGCCCUAGCAACACCAAGGCCGAGAGUCCCAAGCACCCUCAACAAGAGUCUCCUCAGUCGCGAGGAUCGCAAGAAGGGUGCUCGUCAUCGUCAUCCCCAUCCCCAUCUGCUGUUAUCAAAGAGGCCUCACCUCCAACUCCUACUCAGCAACCACAACAGCUGGCGCACUCCACAUUUGUGCCAUCAUCAUCUGCUUCCACCAACCGCGAGGACGAGCAAUGCAGGACUACACAUUCUGGCUCAUCGGGGAACCUGUCCCCUGAACCAGUAGGAACUAACGUUCCAUUAUCAGAGGCAAGCUCCCCUGGACCUUCCGAGUACAGAGUCUGCAAACCCAUCGGAGCACAGGACGCGUCCACACAAACCGAUGACAGUGAGAGGGAUGUUCCUUCUAAACAUACUCGCGCUGCAGGAAUCCGUACAGAGGAUUGUGCAUCAGAUGCUGAAAUUCAAGAGUGUCAUGAAAGAAGCACGCAAGCAUCACCAAAGGUCCCUCUACUUAUUCGAGAAUCACCACAGGUGUGUUCAUCUGAUGCUUCUCCCGGUGGCAGAGUUGAGACAUUGGAGUCCCUGAUAAGGGCAGAGGCCAGUAGGAGGAGUAGCUAUAAUAAGGUACUAGAGGAAGAACAUCUCUAUGGCCCAAUGGGUGUGAAGCUGAAGCCAGCCAAUUUGCUCAUGCAGCUCAUCACCUGUGGGUCCAUCUCUGUGAAAGAUCACCGUGGCUUUGGACUCAUCCCAACAUACAGGCCACGGUUUACUCAAGUUGAAUUCCCUUCUCCAAUGUUCUCUACUCCUAUGGCAUUGCGGCACCUUGACAAUGUUCCUUGUAGCACAAGAACAAUUGGAAUAAGAGUUUCUGAGUCAGAGCAUUUAAGUAGUGAAAGCUUGGUCGAGGAGAGUAAGCAGGAAGAGUCAGGGAGAGGAGAAAUACCCACACUCAAACGCUCAUCAUCUUACGACGAGGAUAGAGUGUAUAGAGCGCCAGACUCUAGAAGGGAUAUGGAAAGCUUGGCCGAGUCGGGUAGUUUCAGAUGUCUCCCACAGACUAUCAAAAUGAUAUCAUGUAAGCAAUCCAGAAGUGGAACAGCAUUCUCCCCCAACUCUGAUGUCAGGUACAGCUCUAGUCAACAAGAAUGUAGUACUGGAUCCUCACCACUUGGUUCAUCAAGAGGUGCAAGCAAUAGGAUGACUGACCCACUAGGUAAAUUAUCUUCAUCAAGGGGAGAGUCAUUCCAUGAGGAGAAGGACAAAAUGAUCAAGAUCGAAGAAAGGCUUGCUUCUGGAGCACGGGUUAUAAUCCAAUCUGCACCCUUGUGUGAAGAAAGUGAUGACAGCACCGAAUCACUGUAA